CAUGCACUGUAAACAUCGAAACGGUCGUAAAAUGGUACCGGAGCUUCAAGAGUGUAUUACAAAAACACAAGAUAAUCUGUACCGUGGUUACAUACCGACGGAUCAUAGUGGACUACAAUGGCUUGACUCUGUGUGCUCCGACCUGCACCGCUUGCUACGUAUAGUGCACAAGUAUCUUAUGUUCGAACAGAACGGGAAUGUUGGCACGCUUGAGACAUGCUUUCUGUGUAUCUCACAGAUAGUAACAUGCAUCCGGUGGCUGGAGAAAACUAUCACGAUGGAGUUGCAGGCAGGAAAACGCCAAGGACUGCCUCAAUCCCGGCAAUGCUUCCUUGACCGAAUCAUCUGGUGCUUAGAGCGCUUGAAAGCUGUGUUGGAAUCGGACGUUCCCUGCGAAACAGUUACGGAAUCAAAUUUUGUCAGCUACUUGGACUUAGCUCUCAGCCUCAUUAGCCCCUUAACUGUGGCCAGCGAUGAGGAAUGUACUGAAGACGAAUACGAUCGACAGUACAAAGCGGUUAUUGUGGAGAGUGGCCGUAUCCGUUCAAUUAUCGAGGCAUUGAUAACGCAAACUUUUGGAUUCUGCAGUGUGCUCCCGGAGGAGGAUCGUAAACGUAUAACGAACUUUUGUCAGAAGGUCCUCAAAGAAUGUUUGGCACUUGAGCGAGAAGGCAGCGAACAGGAUUCAAACAGCAAAAAGCUUCGGGUUAGCAUCCUCGAGAGUGCCAUCUACCAGUUAGAGACGCACGUUAACGAAUGUCUUCUACGGCUGGUUUAUGAAACAUUCGGCGAUACUGAUCGGCGGUUACUUGAACAAUUACGCGAGAAUAUUACCUCUACCACGAGCGAAGAUGAACUGGAUGGCAUAACGCAGCCUUUCGACGAAUUUGUCGAACGGUUGAUGCAGAUAGGUCUGUUUGCGAUAUCGUACGCGGAUAAUCUGAAACUUUGCUCCGCCAUAAGAAGCAGCCUGGCCUCGAUAGAAGCACUAGAUUCGUAUCUUAUUCCCUCACUAUAUAUGGGCACACACAACAACACUCUUCUAUUGGAGCAGCACUGGUUGGAAGAGUCGGACAUCUUAUGCAAACACGUGCAUAAAAUUAUCGACACCAACGCAUUCGCUUUAGCAUUGAUUGAACAGCUCGAUGGUAAGCUGGACGAAUUUGAAACCGAUUUUAAUCCCACGGAAGGAUUAGAAAUGGCUCGUAAGGUGGAAAUAUUCCUGCAACAUCUUGAAGUCAACGCACACGACGUAAAACUGCACGAAGAACCACUGAAGCUAUACUACACCGACUACCGGACGAUGACUUUGGAAUGUCGCGCCAUCGUAAAGUGCGCCCUGCAGGACAACAGCAUCGAUCCUCGUCGCGUGAUCAAACGUUUUCGUGUGCUUCUUGGCAAACUGAGGAAAAUUCAACUGACCAUAAGCAAUAAGAAAGGUGGCAAAGUUUCAUCAACGGAGGAAGCUGCAUCCCGCAAACCGAGUACGAUAGAACAAGGAUCUACGCCGGCGGAACAUGAAGUGGAAGAAAGCGUACAAGAACUGUACGUUGCUAGCCAGAUGCGAAUGUCCUCAGCGAACAUACUGUACCGCAGUCGUCGGGGUGAACCGAUCCGACGGAGGUUGGAAGCUUCGUCACUGUUGGAAAUAAAUACCUUCACCGAUAUCCUCGAUCAUCGAAGAAAACGAGCGGAAACGUCUCCUGAAAAGGGUUCCAUUAGGAGGAAGCCAAUACGAAGAAACAGCCUACGAGUGGCAAUGUUUAAAAAACAACAACGUGUACAAACAGCAGAAAUGUAUGAUAGCAUGCAAAGCGACAUAGAUUUACAAAUUACUGAAAUUCUCGAUGAACUUACCGAUCUGUCCAACACGUUCUCCGCACAAACUCCACGCAUCUCGAAUCCGAAGGUAACAAACCCAACCGACACAAAUGUUCGUAAAUCUAUCACCAAUGAAGAGAUAGCAGUGGUGGAUGGUAAUAAAAUUAGGAUCAAUAUCUUUACCGACAUUUAAUGUAACUUGUGAAAAGCAAAUAAUACAUUUUACAUUGUUUUGGAACAGCAAAAU